AUGGCGUCUUCUCAGGACCUACUUGGACGCCUUCAAGCCCAUCUUGGCCAGCUGGAGGAGGAUCCGAUCAAUACAAACAUUGAUGAACGUCUCUUCGAAUCAUGUUCACUAGCUCUGGCACCUGGUAUCUCCAAGAAGGAUUCAAUCACACUUAUCUCGCAGCUCUCGCGCAUUCUGCCAGUGCUGCAAAAGGAUCCGACACAACCAAUUCAAUUCUUGGUACUUUUGCUGGAGCCGUUGACUUACUCGGAUGUGCUCGGUCUCAAUGCCGCGGUUGACUUUGUUGGUGGACUCCAUGUCGCUGCCACAUCGUACAACCGACUUAUGCUGGCGCUGUUGAAUAAGGCUGCUGGCAAUGCUACGGAUGCUGCGACUAUUGCUGCACAACCUGAAGUCGUCACUGCUUUGGUGAAUCUGUGGCUAUGCACUGGUGAUGCUGGAAUUGCCAAGCAGGCUGGUGAUGUGUUGCUUGCUUUACUCAAGGUCGACCAUGCGGUUCCUCCUGGUGCUGGUGAUGAGCAAUCGCUUCCAGGACAUAGUCAGGGAUUGAUGUGGAAACGUGUGUUUGGAGAUCAGGAUAUUUAUGCAUUGAUCUUCUCUGUUUGCUCGUUAAAGCAUACUGAGGGUGUGGAGUUGUCGGGAAACCAGAGGACGCUUGCUCAAGCUCGAUUGCUUGAGUGGUUGCCUGAAGUUGGUGCUAUCAACUGGAAUGCAAUCACACAUGCACAUCAUCCAGAGAUUGAGAAGCGCUACACUGAUGGCAAAGGACAGGGUAUGCUGUAUUUUGCCGCAGCAUCCAUGGUCGAUACUGCUGGCGAUGUCUUGAUGCAUCGCUGUCUGGUUGAGUUCUAUGCUACUUUGCUCCAGACAAUCACGCCGACCGAGUCAGCAGCAUCACCGCACUCUUCUGCUGCUCUUGACUUCCUCGUCCAAUACAAGCUACACGAGAAAGCAAUGGGUUUCUACCUGGACCCGACCAACCCUCGUCACGAUCCCCUAGAUGUGCAAUUCCUGUACGCACCUUCGGCAAACUAUCUGGCUUGCUACGCGUCAUCGUACCCUUCCCACUUUCUGGCCAGCCCUCUCAAGUCGAUUCUCGUCAAGCGUCUGCAAAGUUCACUAGAUCUGUCACCUAGCCGCUGGGCACAUGCCGAGUCACCAAAGAAUGAUUUGCACAUUCUCGCAUCUGUGCCUCGGAGUGCUCUCUUACCCACAAACAACAACUGGUCAUCAUCUCCGCUAUCACUGUUACCUUCCAAAUCCACCAACGCAGACGUACUAGCAACACUAGCUACAAUCUUCCACGGCCCUUCAAAGCAAGAAAUCAUCAAUUACCCACCUUCUUCACCUCUCAUGAACACCACCCACGACGCAACCUGGAAAUCGGAAGCUCAGGCUGCUUACGCACUCUACUAUCUUUAUCUCAACCACAACCCUUCUCUGUUUGAUGAUCUCGUGCAUCACGCUUCGGUUAUUGCGCUGAGGGAAACUGCUCUGGCUGCUAUCUCUUUGAUCCGCAGUAUCGCGACUGCGAAUUGGUUGUCUCUGACUCCUACUUCUGUACCUACUUCUACAGAGUUUCGCGCUGCGUUACCGGUUACUGCGCUCGCCGAGCAACACAAAGGCUUUUUGGCAAUCUUGUCGCCGCCGUCGUUGGAGUAUUGUCUCCCUUACCUGCUUUCUCCAUCCCAAACAUUCUCGAAUUUGGUGGGUGGAGUGGGGGAUACAGAAAACUCGGCGUACAGGGUUGCCAUGAGUAAAUUUGAGUGUUUGAAGGAGGUUUACAAUCGUUUGAAAGUGUUUUGUGAGGAAGGGGGUGAGGAAGGAAGGGAGUGGGAGGAUGUUGUUAAGACGUUGAGGAAGAAGGUUGACGAAGGACCUUUUGGGGGUAGAGGGGCUGAGGUUGGUGGGAGGAUUGCUACUAUGGAGUUGUGA